AUGCCCUCCCCACCCAAAACCGUCGUCUUCGACUGCGUCGGCACCCUAGUCGGCUACGAAGCCCUCUUCAACGCCAUCGACACCCGCCUCGGCUUCAAACUCCGCGCCGAAGGCGUCAAACCUACCCUCUUCGGCUACACCUGGAUAGAGGUCGCCGAGCGCGAAUACACCUACCUCUCCAUGUCCGGCCGCUACCUCACCUUUGCCAAAAUCUUCGAGGCAAUCCUCUGGCGUAUGCUCUACAAAGCCGGCGUGCCCAACCCUCGGAGCUUCGCCACAGAGGAUGAUCUUGCGUUCAUUAUGGAAGGGUAUUGA